AUGUAUGAUCAAGUCACGGAUUCAAAUAAAUACAAUGAAUUGAGAAGUAUUUGUAAAUACUACAUCGAUUCAUACAAUGCACUGUAUCAGUUAAAAACAAAUAAUGAAGAAGAAAUAAAGUCGAUUUAUAACAAAAUCAAAACUGAGUUGAUUGAAACAAAUAAACAACUUCCCAGAAAUGUUAUUAAAAACAUUUUACAUAUUAUUCCAUUUAAUAACCGCUGUACAAAGUCAUAUUUGUCUCUUGCGAAAUUCAUCUAUGACGAUUAUCAUAUAAAAGAGGUCAAAGAUCUUUCAUUAGUUACAAAUUAUCUUUUUUAUAAAGAAUAUGGAAUUAAAUUACACAAGACUGAUGAUUUCAAAAAAAUUCAAACAAAAAAUUUGGAUUUACUUUCAAAUGAUACAAUUUACAGAGCAAUUAUGAAUAAUGACACAGAAAGAUUAAUCAAAUUCACAGAAAGUGGCAACUUUUAUGUAAAGAAUCAAAGAAUCAAAAGCAAAUUAUAUCCUUUUAGUGAGAAUGGAUAUUCAUUACUUGAAUUAUGCUGUUACUACGGAUCAUUUGAUUGUUUCAAGUUCUUAAGAACGAAAUUUAAAUCCGAAAUAACACAAAGAUGUCUCAAUCUUUCAUAUUUGGGAAGAAAUCAAGCGAUCAUUUCGGAGUGCUUGAAUAAUGAAUGGCCAGACGAAGAAAGUUUGGAAUAUGCAAUUAUAUCGCACAACAUUAAUUUUGUUACAUAUGUGAUGAAAGAGAAUAAUUUUAACAUCGAUGUAGAAUGUUGCGGUCAAUACCAUAAUAUUGAGGCAUUUUUAAUUUAUUUCGAUCUAACAAAUGAUGCUAACCAAUGCUUUUUCGAAUCAACAAUGUUUGAUGUUCCACAUUUGACCGAAUAA